AUGGCGCAGAAGAAAGAUGCAGCGCAAACAGACGCCGUAAGCGUACGCCGAGCUGCGCGCGAGCUAGCAACGCGGACAAUCAAGGAGCAGAAGAAGGGCUUCAAAGAAUGGGCUGUCAUGGGCGAUUGGGACAAUGCGUAUCAGACUAUGGAGCGGGAGUUUGAGAUACGGCAGCUGGGUGUGUUUAAGAGCAUGUUUGAGAAGGGCCUGGUUUAUAGGAUGUUCAAACCGGUGUAUUGGAGUCCGAGUUCGAGGACGGCGCUGGCAGAGGCGGAGUUGGAGUAUGAUGAGGGGUUUAAGAGUUUGGCGGCUUUUGUGAGGUAUCCGGUCAGGGUCGAGGAAGGGUUGAGGGUGAAGCUGGGUGGUGUGGAGGGUGACAUUAGUGUUAUUAUUUGGACGACUACACCGUGGACGCUGCCUGCGAAUAAGGCGAUUGCUGUGCAUAGGGAUAUGCAAUACUGUCUUGUCAAAGAUGCUGAGAAGGGCAAUGAAUUGAUACUCAUUGCGGCUUCAAGAGUGGCAGAGUAUGAAAAGAUUCUGGAACAAAAACUUGAGAUUGUCGUACCAGAUGUCCGUGGCUCAGACCUCGUCGAUCAGGUUCAGUACGAGAACCCAUUCCAAAAAGCGAACGGACUUCAACCUAUCAUCCACGCAGAUUUCGUCACAGAUUCUUCCGGUACCGGUCUCGUCCAUCUAGCACCGGGACAUGGAAUGGACGACUACAACGUCUGCAUGUCCCUUAACGUCCCCGCCUUCGCCCCCAUAGACGACGCCGGCGCCUUCACAAAAGACGCUUUCCCAGAGCACCCUGAACUUCUCGAAGGCCUACCAGUCGCCGACAUUAAGAAAACCGGUAGCAAUGCCGUGUGCAAGUACCUCGAGCAACUGGACAUGCUACGUGCGAAACACAAUUAUCGACAUAAAUACCCCAUCGACUGGCGCACUAAAGAACCCGUCAUAACACGCGCAACAGCGCAAUGGUUCGCAAACGUUGAGGGCAUCAAAGCUGCUUCCAUGAAAUCAAUCUCAAACGUGAACUUUUUACCAGAGUCUGGCCGCAGCCGCCUCGAAAGCUUCAUUCAGGGCAGAAGCCAAUGGUGUAUAUCCCGCCAACGCGCCUGGGGUGUACCCAUACCCGCAUUAUACAAAGUCGAAGACGACGGGACACUCACUGCAACAAUGGACUCGGACACAAUCACCCACAUCAUCGACAUCGUCAAACGCCGCGGCAUAGACGCCUGGUGGACCGACCCCCCAGACGACCCAGCCUGGACACCACCCCACCUCACAGGCACAGGCACAUAUGUCCGCGGCAAAGACACAAUGGACGUCUGGUUCGAUAGCGGAACAAGUUGGUCACUCCUCCCCCCGCCACAGCACCCCGACAAACCCCUUGCAGACGUGUAUCUAGAGGGAACAGACCAACACCGCGGAUGGUUCCAAUCCUCACUCCUCACAUACAUUGCCACACAUUCGUACACAACAAGCGACGCGGUGGUAAAAGCGCCGUAUAAAACUCUCAUCACCCAUGGUUUCACCCUCGAUGCACACGGCCGUAAGAUGAGCAAGUCGUUGGGAAACGUUGUUUCGCCUGCACAAAUCAUGUCUGGUGAAUUACUCCCGCCUGUUAAACGCAAGAAACAAAAGGGGGGUGCCGCUACAGCGAACAACACUGCUGCAAACGAACGUAAUUACGACACCCUAGGCGCAGACGCACUCCGCCUCUGGGCCGCCACCAGCGACUACACCCGCGACGUAACAAUCGGCCAACCCAUGCUCGUCGCCAUAAACACUUCUUUGCAUAAAUAUCGCGUCACUUUCAAGUGGCUGCUCGGAAUCUUCUCUUUAACAACCUGUCCCCCGCCGUUUACCUCGUUCAACAACACUCUUUCCCCCCACGAUAUCGCCAACUUGGGCCAUCUAAGCGACCGUCUUGCACUGCACCGGCUAGCGCAGGUGAGCAAGGAUGUACAUGCGUGUUAUAGUGGCUACGAAUUCUUCAAAGGUGUGGGCGCGGUGAAUAGGUAUAUUGGUCUUGAUCUCAGCGCGGGAUAUUUCGAGAUGAUCAAGGAUAGGGUGUAUACGGGGGAGAAGACGGAAUGUGAGGUGCUGCAGAAGGUACUUGGAGUGGUGUUUUAUCAGCUACUGCAGAUGUUGGCGCCGGUUGUACCGUUGUUGGCCGAGGAGGUGUGGGAUCAUGUUCCGAGUAAGUUGAGGGAGGGUAGUGUGCAUCCUGCGAGGGCAAUUUGGAACCCGUUGCCACAAAUAGAGGGCACGGAGGCGUCGGAGAAGGUGGGUAGGGUGCUCGGGGUAUUGGGGGAUAAGAUCAGGAUCGCGCAGGAGAAGAUGAGGGCUGAAGGCAGGAUUGGGUCCGGGUUAGAGUGUGGAGUUACGAUUUACCUAGAAGAGGAGGGUGUGGAGCUAUUGGGCGGCUUGUACUGUGAGGCCAUGGGUUUGGUCGGGAGGCCUACGGGUAUGAGUGCUGAACUGGUGGGGGAGGUGGAAAAGCAACUUGAGGAACUCUUGGUGCUUGUACCUGGCCUUUUCCCGAAACUACAAGUCUACAAGUAA